UGUCAAGCUAAAUCCGCAGUACAGAAGGAGAGUUUCGUCAUUUUGUUAGGAUAACAGAAGGAAAAAUUCCUUAAAAUAAAAUUAUCAAAAUAUAUCAUUGAUAUAUUAAUUUUGGUUCUCUGUAUUGAUUUUAUAUUCAGUUGAUUUUUACAAUUUGGCAUUUAAAAUUAUUUUUGUAUUAAUUAAAAUCGCGUACGCGUAAUUACUUGAAUGAUUCUUUGUAGUGUUGGCAAAGAAUAAUAAAAAAAUUUUUUGGAAAAAUCUAUAUUGUAUAAAGUGACAAGAGAGAAAAAAAGAAUCCUUUUAAUACAUAUUGUGUGUACAUAAGUGUAUAUCAAUUAUUUUAUCUAUAUACUAUCUAGUUGCAUAAUAGUUGGAGAUUAUUUUAAUUAGGAAACAAUUUGAUCAAAAAAGUUUUUUGUAAAAUUUUUAGAAAUAUUAAAUCUCUGAAUUAAGGUAAUUAUGUUUUCGGGAUUAACAAAUCAAGUUAGUUCAUGGAUGGGCGCUGUAAAAGGCGAACCACACGAUGAAGAGGUACCACCACCACCACCUGGAUCAGAAAAUACAGCUCCUGCUGCUCCAGAACCUGCAGCAGCACCAGCUCCUGCAGCAGCAGCAGUAGGAGGAGAACCGCCUGUUGAAGGUGAAGAGGAUAAAAAAAGUGGUGGUAUGUUCUCUAAUGUUAAGGGUUGGUUAGGUAGUGCCUCUGCAUCAAUUCCAUCUAUGCCUGCAAUGCCAGCUAUGCCAUCAAUGCCAGCAAUGCCAUCAAUGCCAGCGAUGCCAUCAAUGCCAUCAAUUCCUGUUCACAUUCCUGGAUUAGGAAAAGGUCAUGAAGAAGGAGCAGAGAACGCUGGUGCUGAACCGGCAGGUACUGGUGAAGAAGAAGACAAAUCGAGGUACAUUAGUGCCACAGAAGGUGCGGACUCUCAUACAGCAUCUGGAGAUGAAGCAUUAGGAGAAGAAGGCAAAAUUGGUCAUGUGACAACAAAAGUAACAGAAGGUGCCAAACAUUUCGGAUCAUUCUUAUAUUCAUCUGCUGCUAAGCUUGGUUCUAAGGUUAAAGAAACUGCAAAAGCUGCUCCAAUUUUGGAUACAUUUAAUAAAGAACAAGAUGCAUUCAUUAAAAGUCAACAGAAACCUGGUGAAGGUACUCUACCAUGGGUUGGACGUUCUAGUUCAGAAAAAGUUAAAGAAGAAAUAUUUGCAUUAUCACAAGAUCGACGUAACUUUGUUCGAGCACCGCCAGCAGGUGUUGAUUUUGAAUUCAGUUAUGAAACAGCAUAUCCUACUGCCACUUUAAUAAUGGCGGAAGAUCCAGCUUUGGAAAAAAUGCGUUUUGAACUUGUACCUAAAAUAAUUACUGAAGAACAAUUUUGGAGAAAUUACUUUUACCGUGUAUCACUAAUUUGUCAAGCAGCUGAUUUAGGAACAUUGGGUAAUGAUGGAGGGCUAGGACAAGCCUCAAGUGAGGACGUAAAAAAUUUAAAAACCGAAACAAAUUCCAAUUCGGAGAAACGCUCACAUUUAACAAAUGAGACUGAAAAUGAAAUGAAAAAUAAAAAUUUAUGCAAUGACGUCAUUGAUGAUGUUGAUGAUGAUAGCAAUAUAAAAACAAAGCGGCUUCAACCGAUUGAUUCCGAAUUUGUUUCGGAUACUUUUCAAACUACAGAAACUCAGUUGGAAGAGGUUAAAGCUGGAAUGCGUGUACUUGGUAUCGAUAGUAUGACCCAACUAGAUACUGAAGAACAAUGGGAAAAGGAUCUUGAAGCUGAAUUACAGGAAUAUGAAGUUGUUAAUAGUGGUGCAUCAGGAGGAGGUGGUGGAGGUGAUAGCGGAGGUGGAGGUGGAAGUAGUAGCGGUGUAAUACGUAAACGUAAUAGUAACAACAGUGGCAGUGGUACUAGUACUCGUAUCAAUGAUGGUGAAGACGAUGAAGACGGAGAAGGCCAAUUAACAAUAGCAACAACAAAUUUUAGAAAUAGAAGUCCAUCAAAUAAUGAUUGGGAACAAUACGCCGACCUCAUUGAUGAAACCGAUGAUUUAAAGUAAUUAAGAGCUUAUAUCGUAGUUUUUUCUAAGUUAAUUAUAUUAUGAUUUUUGAUUAAAAUUUUUCAAAGUAUUGUUUAUUUAUGUAAAAAGCAUAAUAUAACAAAACAUGCGAAAAUUUUAAUCAAACUUAAUUAUAUUUUGUUAUAGUUAUUAUCCAUUUAGUAAGUAAGAAACAGAAUAAAAAAAAAAUCUCAUCUAAAACAAUUUUUAAUAAUUUUUAUAAAUUAUUUAAAUUUUUACAUGACUAUUUUUAUUUUUGUUUUAAAUUAUAAAAUAUAUACAUAUAUAAUAAAACCGAAUUCAAUAAUAAUAAUAUUAAAUAAAAAGCAAAAUAUUAAAUAUAAAAGUACGAAAAAUAUUAAAAAAUCUUUUUUCUUUUCGAAAUAAAGAAAAAAAAAACCCCGUUUAUUUAUGUAUAGUGAUGUUUCUUCUAAUUAAAAAAUAUUGAAGUUACAAAGUACAUACAUACGUACAUUGCUUUUCAGCAUUUUAUUAUAGAAAAUUUCAUUUUCCAAUUUUAAAGCACAUGUUAUGCAGUUUUCCCACCUUUACUCUUAAUAUUUCGCUUCAUAUUCUGCAUUUUAUACCUUGUUAAAAUUGUUUUCAACCCAAUUAAUUGCAUUUUCCAUUCUAAUUAUAAUUAUUUUCAAGUUUUCAUUCCAAUUUAUUAAAUUUCUACCGUUCAUAAAAGUAUAACCAUGUAUUUCUAAUUUUUAUUGCAAUAUUAAUCUUGAUAAUUAUUAAUAUAUUUAUUAUUAUACAUUGCAUAUGUACUUAUAACUUCAUCUCUAAAUGUAAUAAUGUAAUAUUCAACUUGUUAUGAAAUAAAAUAUUUAUUAUAGCAAUUUUAAGAAUACUUUGAAGUUUUUUGCUCGUUUCAUUUCAUAAAUAAAUUACUUGCAUAUUUUGAUUACAUUUUGUAAUCUUUUUUCCCUUUGUAUAAAAGAGGAUGAAAAUUAUUUCAGAAUGCAAUUUAAAUAUAUUUAAUACAAGUAAUAAUAAUAUACAAAACUAGGAAAUUUUUCACGCGUAUAGCAAUGAAAUAACUUCAAAGAAUUUCUUAAAAUAAUAAAAAAUAUAUGGAAAUUAAAAAUUUUUAAAUCGUGUUUCUUUUUUAUUUUGAAUUUUAAUUUAUUUUCUAACUAAUUCUAAAAUAAAUAUUUCAUAUUCUGUAAGUCGCCACACUUGACGUGAUAGGCUGUUAUUCAAGAAUAUUAUAAUUUUUGGUAAUCCUGAAUACUGAAAAACAAUUAAAAUUCUUUUCAAUAAUAACCCAUCCCUGAAGUGAAUGCGACUAACAGAAUAUGGAUGAUUUUUUUUUCAUAAUUAUCAUUUUUAUUUAAAAAAAAUAAGUAGAAACGAUAAUACAAAGCAAAAAUAAAUGAGUUUCCUAUCUUAAUGAUAAAAAUUGAGUAACCAUUAAAUAAUUAACAACAAAACGAUUCAAAUGUACGGCGUAAAAAAUUAUAUAAAAAAUAAUUAAAACAAAAUCUUUUUCCACUUGUUCGGUAACACGUAAGAUACGUUCAAAAAAAAAAUAAUUAUAAAAAUUUUAUUAAAUAUAAAAAAAAAUAUUUAUAAAUAUUAAAAAUAAAUAAAUUAAUUAAAAAAAAACAAAAAAAAAAUCAUAUAUAAAGGAGAAUAAUAUUAGCUAAUUUAUUAAAAAUUAAAAAUAAUUAUAAAUAACAAGCAAAAAUGAGGGAAACUAUAUAAUGUAAAAUAUAAAAUUACAAAAAAAAAAAAGAAAUUUUUAAAAAUCUUGUAUUAUAAUAUAAACAAAAAAAAAUAAAUGAAAAUAUACAAAACUUAUUACUACCAUUAUUUAUUAAUAAAAAACAACAAAAACAAUUAUCAUUAAUAUUUACAUAUAUACAUAUAUAUGUAUAUAUAUAUAUAAAUUUAUAAAUUAAUGUAAUUAAAAAGAGAAAGAUAUGUAUUUGUAAAUAAGUAAAAAAAAAACAAAAUAUAUAAUAAAAACUUUUAUUUUAAAAAUAUUUUUAGAAAUUUGUAUAUUUUUUCUACUUACUUAAUUUUAUUAAAUUUAUUUUAAAAUUAUAAUUUUUUUAUUUAUACCCUUGCACUCAUUUUUGUUGUUUUUUUUUCUUUAUAUAUAUAAAACCUUUUACAAUUGCCACUAACUUUCAAAUAUAUAACAAUUUUCAACUAAAAAUUUAAAUUUAUUACAAAAAAAAAAAAAACAGUUUUAAUAUAGAAUACUUUAAUGAACCUGUUAAAAAAAGUAAAAAUAAAUAAGAAAAAAGAAAUUAUAUUUUUAAAAUUAAUAAAAAUGAACACAUAUACAUAAAAACUUUCACUUUGACUUCACAUAUACGUAGAUUUUCUAAAGUGUCAUUAUAUUUUUAUGUUUUAUUUUUAUGUUUUCAAUAUUUUUAAAUCAAACAUUAUUAAUUUUUAUUUACAAUUUAACUAUUUCUUUAACUUUAAGGUCGCGCAAAAUAAGCAAAAAAAAUAAAAUGUAUCUGUAUAAGCAAUAAAUAAAAUAUUUGCAAUAGAAACUUUUUUUAAGCGAAAAAAAAUUCGGUAAAUUUUGUCUUGGUGGUGCUAAAAGGCAAA